AUGUUUGGCUUGGUUGCAGAGGUGGACGUAAAGGUGCUCGCCGAGCUGCCGAUGCUGCCGAUCCCUAUCAAGUCCGGCGACGAUGUGAAGACUGAUGUGGAUGCCGGCCCCGUCAUCAGCUCCGUGGGCUUCGUGAAGGACGAGAUACACUCGGACAUCACCAUCAAAACCGAACCCAAGGAUGAGGUGAUCAUGGACAACGGACUGCCACUGCCGCGCCCGGAGGAGAACGAUGACCAGGUGCACGACGACGUCUUCGGUGACCAGGAUAUCAGCAACGACGAGGCCAACGACGGCGAGGAGCAGGUUCGCCGCUCCAAACGCAAGUUCUUCUGCAAGCAGUGCCCCGCCCACUUCAAACGUCCUAAUCACCUGAAGAAGCACGAGCUGGUGCACAAGGCCAACAAGCCCUUCGCCUGCCCCUACUGCACUGCCAGCUUCGUGUCUGACAGUCGCCUCAGCCACCACUUGCUCGUUCACUCGUCUGCCAGCGUGUUCCGCUGCGACAAGUGCGGCGAGACUUUUGCGACGGCGACCUUGCUGAAGGAGCACAUGCCAACACACGUCUGGAAGUUGUCACGACUAGCUCAGGUGGUUAAGGCGCAGGAUGACCCGCUGGAUGACGACGCCUUCAAGGUGUGGGACGUGGAGGCGGACGGCACGAUGACGCUGAAGGACUUGCCGUCGUGCCCCGAGUGCGGCGAGCGCGGCUUCAGGUCAAGGCGCGCUCUGCUCAAGCACCGCAAGGAGGCCCACCUGGGCGAGCAGGCCGACCGGCCGCACGUGUGCGUUACCUGCGGCUCCCGCUUCAAGCGUGCCGCGCACCUGUCGCGGCACGUGCUGCUGCACACGGGUGGUGUAUCCGAGGACUUGUGUCAGUCGUGUGGUUCGUCGGUAGAUGGGGAGGAUGGUGACGCUUCGCACAAAUGCGAUAACUCCGCCGCCCCUAAAAAGACUGCACAGGCGUUCUCGAGUAAAAUUUGCGCGAAGGCGUUCUCCGUCUCGACCAACCUGGUGGUGCACAUGCGCACGCACACGGGUGAGAGGCCCUACAAGUGCCACGUGUGCUCCAAGAGCUUCGCGCGGCCCGGUACGCUGCGCGACCAUCUUCGCGUGCACACCCGCGAGAAGCCCUACUGCUGUCAGUUGUGUGGAGAGUGCUUCGGCUUCCGCGCCAACCACAGAGCCCACGUGCUGAAGGCUCACUCCGAGACUCUGUGA